UUAGAUCGAGUAAUCAACUGUCCUCUUCCCUUCCAUCACUCCCAAAUCUGGAAUUCCUUCGUUUCAAAAGCUCACUUGCUUUUUGCUGAAAUCACGCAACAAAACCUUUCGAUUUACUAACAACAAAUUCUAAAACACAAUCUGAAAAUCAACAAUUUCAAAUUCCCACCAAAAAUUUCCUGCAAAUCUUCAGAAAAAAAAUCAAUAAUAAACAAAAAAAAUGAAAGAUGAAGAUUCUCUUCCAUUAACAACGUCGAUUUCAAACUCAUCAUCAGCAACAUUAGCAACUUCAUCAACCAAAAAAGACACCUCCUCCGAUGUCAAUCUCUUCGGCAAAGGGCGCUACAAAUUCUGGGCACUUGCUGCAAUUUUACUUCUAGCUUUCUGGUCCAUGUUUACCGGCACCGUCACGCUCCGGUGGUCCGCCGGAAACCUCAACCGCCUCUCCGAUGACAUCGACACUCCUCUGAGGGACGAUCUCGACGUUCUGGAGAUGGAGGAGAGGGAGAAGGUGGUGAAGUAUAUGUGGGAUGUGUACACGAACAGUCGAAGGAUGAGAUUGCCGAGGUUUUGGCAGCAGGCUUUCGAGGCUGCGUAUGAGGAUAUGACCACUGAUGUGCCUGGAGCUCGUGAGGCUGCUGUUACUGAGAUUGCUAAGAUGUCGAUUCGUUCGAUUGAUCUUGAUCCGCCUCCUAUUCAAUUGACGGGUGCUCAAGCAUUGAGUCUUAAGCAUGCAGAAAUCAGAAAGACAGCAACUGCAUCGGGAAUUAGUUGACAACAGACACAUUAUCGCGGUAUGUGAAGCUAAGUAACGUACGAACAACUCAUUAUACACUUGCUUUUGCCUAUGGAGAGGUUUGCUAGUAAGCUGCAACUUUCUGCCAGGGCAUACCAUGAACUUAUUAUGAUGGUCAACUGAUCCUCUUUACCACAGGCACAAUAUGUAACUUAACUGGAAUAUAAUUAUUACAAGUUUUGAUUAUCACUAUAUAGAUAUAAAAUGAAAGAAAACUUUGCUCCAUUUAUAUUUGAUUCUUCAUUGCUGUAAGAAUUACCAUAUUGUAAGAUAAGAAAGUGUUUUAGAUGCAUAUUUUACUUCAGUGUUCCACGAAUCUCGAAUUGUGAAAGUUGUGGAUAUUGAAAUGUUGUUAAACUUUA